UUGCGAACCAGGAAGUGCAUUGACUGAAAGUGUUGUGUUUUGUGUGGACACCGGGGAUAAAAAGAACCGUUAAUGGUGCAGAGUGCACAUAUAAUACCACCAAAGUCAAAAAAUGAACAGCAUGCCACCUGAGGUGGCCCUGAACCGCAUCUCUGCAGAGCUAAGGCCGUUCAUCUCUUCUGUGGUCAGAAAUGGCAAAGUGGGAUUGGAUGCCACAAGCUGCCUGCGGAUCACUGACCUCAAGUCGGGGUGCUCUUCACUCACCUUGGGCCCCUGCUGUGACAGAUUCAAGUUGCACAUCCCCUACGCUGGAGAAAUCCUAAAGUGGGACAUCAUAUUUAACGCUCGAGAUCCUGAGCUGCCACCUGACUUCAUUUUUGGUGAUGAUGUAGAGUUUCUUCCAGAGCCGUCUGAGCUACAUCACCUGGUGGAGUGGGACCCUGACAAUGCGGAGAGCCUGCUGCAGGUGGUCAAGGAGCUGAUCCAGCAGUACCACCUGUACCAGUGCGAGCGUCUGAGCGAGAGCUCCCGGCUGCUGUUCGAGUACCAAAGCCUACUUGAUGACCCGCUCUACGGCAAAAGCAUGGAGGUCUUUGCUGGCAAAAAGAACAGCUGGACUGGAGAGUUCUCGGCUCGUUUCCUGCUGAAGCUGCCCGUGGAUUUCAGCAACAUUCCCACCUACCUGCUGAAGGACACCAGUGUGGACCCUGGAGAGGACGUUGCUCUUUUGUCGGUCAGUUUUGAGGACGCGGAGGCCACUCAGGUGUUCCCCAAACUCUAUCUGUCCCCUCGCAUUGAAAAUGCUCUUGGAGGUCCAUCAGCCCUGCACAUACCGGCCUUCCCCGGCGGUGGCUGUCUGAUCGACUACGUGCCUCAGGUGUGCCAGCUGCUUACCAAUAAGGUGCAGUACGUCAUCCAGGGCUACCACAAGAGGAGGGAGUACAUCGCCGCCUUCCUGAGCCAUUUUGGAAUGGGUGUCGUUGAGUACGACGCUGAAGGCUUCACCAAACUCACCCUGCUGCUCGUCUGGAAGGAUUUCUGCUUCCUGGUGCACAUUGAUUUGCCGCUGUAUUUUCCACGAGAUCAGCCCAUGCUCACCUUCCAGUCCGUCUACCACUUCACCAACAGCGGGCAGCCCUACUCCCAGGUGCAGAAGUCCUACCCCUACAGCCCACGCUGGGAUGGCAACGAGAUGGCCAAGAGAGCCAAGGCAUUUUUCAAAACCUUCAUUCCUCAAUUCCAAGAGGGAGCGUUCGCCAACGGAAAGCUGUAGUCGAGUGCGGCGUCAGAGGGAUUGAGCCGACGGAGGAGUGUGUGUGUGUGUGUGAGUGCGUGUGUGUUCUGUCGAAACAGAACGAUGUGCACCGAGGGGCGACAUACGGCCUUGGGGGGCUCACACAGAGACCUCGUUGUUUGGUUUUAAUGGCCGGCUGCUGAUCUGCUCCAAUAAAAUCUGGAAAUGUAAA